GAAUCAAUUUAGGUCAUAAUUAUUAUUGUCGUUGACGUCUGACAGUUGCGUAUGUCAAAAAUCAGCGUAAUGAACGAUAAGUAGAAAGAAGUAAAAUUUCCAGCAAAAAUUAUCAAUUUCGAUUGUAUUUUCGCCCAAGCACCAUCACCGACAUCACAUAACGACAAUGUCUUCAAAUACAAGUCCUCUACAUUACAACGAUUUGGAGGAUGCGUUCAUUACCGAUGCCAACUUCAAAGUAGACAUCAGUCAGAAGAUGAAGGUACCGUCAAAGAUCAGCUUUAAUUCGGAUAUGAACGGUCAUUCGAACGGUCACUGGAACGAUAAUAUUCACAUGCAAGUGCCGGAGCGUAUUCUGGUUGCUGGGCAGGAUCAGCAUGUAGGGACACGCGCACCUCCGCGAGAGAUUGUCUUUGAUCAUUCACUGAUGAAUACCGAGCCAUAUCCUGGUGAUGUUCGUGUUGCGACGCCGCCACGGACCCUGACGCUUGAUAAAUAUCCGUUUCCAUUGUCUGCAAAGGAGCAGGAACCUGAGCCACAAAUGAAGAAUGCUGUUGUUGUGAAGCCAAGCAAGUACUGUUUGAAUGAUUCUGAUUUGAAUUUGAGUGUGCGCGAGUCAACUCCUCCAUUGGGCGGUGUUUUCCUUGUAGGAGGUGAAGGUCUGACGGCUUCCGAAGAAGUGUUACAUCUACGGCGGCAAAUGGCGAAGCUAAAUCGUCGUGUAAUGGCCCUUGAAUUAGAGCACCUGGGCAGGCUGCAGAAGGAGAAAGUAAUCUAUGGCUUUGGCAUCGCGUACUUUCUGCUGAAAGCGAUUUUCUGGCUCAACCGGAGCUAGGGCGGCGGUUUAAAUUAUGGUGGUGUGUAUAGUUCUAUUUCUAGCGUUUGUUCUCCUUGGCGCAUCGAUGAAAUGAUGUUGUAUUUGAAGCAGUCAUGCAAACAAAACCAUUGAUUUUUGAUUCUUUCCUCACGUUGAUUUCAAACAUUUUCUAUCAACGGUUGGAUGCGAUUGUAUAAGACUUAUGACCAUUUUUAUUUACUUUUAGCAUUCUUUACAUAAUUUACACUAAUUUAGUCCCCUACUGAUUAAUUCAUUUGAUGAUAAAGAUAUAAAUGUUUCACGGACACCA